CGGGCCCACGCCCGGUCCUCCGCAGUUAAGCGUUUCUGGUUAGCGCGGCCGGAGUUCUCCCUGGUGUGCACACGCACGCCGGUCCCACGUCCCUCACCUGGACAGCCGGAAUCGCGAGUCCCGAGUGCGGGGCUGGGCUUCCCCGGGCCUCGUGGCUGCCAAUGUGACCUUGGGUCUUGGCCAUGAACGCCGCUAGGGGAAGGAGACAGGAAACAGCAGAGUCCUUGGGUAGAAGGGCUCAGAGAUCCCGGGAACAGGACCGAGAUGUGCAGCUGUCUAAGGCUCUGUCCUAUGCUCUGCGCCACGGGGCCUUGAAGCUGGGUCUUCCCAUGGGAGCUGAUGGCUUUGUGCCUUUGCGUGCCCUCCUGCAGCUGCCCCAGUUCCAAAGUUUCUCAGCUGAGGAUGUGCAGCGUGUGGUGGAGACCAAUGGUAAGCAGCGAUUUGCUCUACAGCCAGGAGAGCCUGGCACUGGGCCCCUCAUCCGGGCCAAUCAGGGCCAUUCCCUACAGGUACCUGAGUUGGAGCUGAUGCCCCUGGAGACACCACAGGCCCUGCCCCCGAUGCUAGCCCAUGGUACAUUCUGGAAGCAUUGGCCAUCCAUCCUGCUCAAGGGCUUGUCAUGUCAAGGAAGGACACACAUCCAUUUGGCCCCAGGACUGCCUGAGGACCCUGGUAUCAUUAGUGGCAUGCGUCCAAACUGCGAAGUGGCAGUGUUCAUCAAUGGACCCCUGGCCCUGGCAGAUGGAAUCCCCUUCUUCCGCUCUGCCAAUGGAGUGAUCCUGACUCCAGGAAACACUGAUGGCCUUCUGCUUCCCAAGUACUUCAAAGAGGCCCUGCAGCUACGCCCUACCCGAAAGCUUCUCUCCUUAGCUGGUCAUAAAGAGACAGAGUGCCAGAGUGGCCCCAAGCACAGCUCCAGAGGAGGAAGAAGAAAGAUUCAACAAUAAAAUAUUUAUUAAAAAAAAAAAGAAAUCUAAAAUAGUCGCAAGAAAGAAAUUCCAGUUUGAAACUGGGAUCCCUCAUCC